AGGAUCGCAGUGUGGCGUCGUUGUCUCUCUCGCCCUCACACACACACACACACACACAGGUGCCUCUCUACUCUGUUCUACACGGCUCACAUCUUCUAACACCUCUGUGCAUUUAAAAAAAAGAAAGGGGGGUUUUCAGAAACGACGAACACGCCUUCUUUUCGAGUUCGUUUUCAUCUUCGCCUUCUUGUUUUCUGCUUUUGCGAUUAUUCUUGCUCCUCUCCUUCUUUUUGUUGUUGGGGGAGAGUUUUUUUUUUCCUUCUUCUCUGCUUUCGUACCCCGAAGGGAAACUCGAAGGGCUACCGUGAAGUAGAGUUUCGCGGAAAGGCUGACGGCCACUUCUUCUUCUUCCUUUUCUCGUUCUUCACCGUUCUGGUGAGGUGGGGACGCACAGCGAAAGAAGUAAGCCGCUACAGCAACAACUUCCAGUUAUAGGGAGGCUAUUAAGAAAGGUCUUGUCUCAGCUUAGUCGUGGUCUGCCUCUGUCGAGUCGCACCCAACUUACCUCGAGCACAGAAAAACCAGGUACACCCGCGCACGUAUAUAAAUCAUCUUGUUACCUUGUCGAAUCCUUUCCCUUCUGCUGUUCUUUUGUCGUUGUUCCUCCUCCCCCCCCUUCCUUCCUUUAUUACUAUUAUUAUUUCAGAUUGUUCAGACAACACUUACGCUGCUGCAUCUUCGCUUCUCCUCUGCGGCGCAACUACCGUUGACAUCCAUUAGCUUUUUUUUCUUCUUCCCUCUUCGUUUCGCAUUUAAUUUAGAGUCGAGGGACUCAGCAGUUGCCACGAGAAGCGGUGGGUAGACGAAGAAAGCCGAGCCGAAGAAGUAGAUAAAAUAAAGAGAAGCACUUCAGCAGCGUAAACCAACAAAACAGCGUUGUCGUUGCAGCUCAGACGCCGAAUAAUAUAUCGCUUUCUGACAGGAGGAGAAUCCAGCUGACGUACCACUAAUAAGGAGAGAAUAGAAAGAUACAUAAUAACAUAACGUAGGAGCGCAGUUUUUUCUAAUCGCAACCGUAGCAAUGGCGAGCCGUUACGAGCGUCAGGAGAAGAUCGGCGAGGGUACCUACGGCGUGGUGUACAAAGCUCGCGACACCUCCACCGCGGCCACGGUCGCCCUGAAGCGCAUCCGUCUAGACUCCGAGGAGGAGGGCGUCCCUUGCACGGCAAUUCGUGAGAUUUCUCUGCUGAAGGAGUUGCGGCAUGAGAACAUUGUGAAGCUGCUGGACGUGUGCCACAGUGAGCACCGGUUGACGAUCGUGUUUGAAUACUUGGACCUGGAUCUGAAGAAGUACCUCGACCGCGAGAACGGCAACUUGGAUGCGGCAACGAUCCAGCACUUUAUGCGAGAUCUGCUGCGCGGUGUCGCCUUUUGCCACCAACGCAGCGUCCUGCAUCGUGACUUGAAGCCGCAGAACUUGUUGAUCUCACGUGAAAAGGAGCUGAAGCUCGGCGACUUCGGCCUCGGCCGCUCCUUCGCCAUUCCUGUCCGGAAGUUCACGAACGAGGUGGUCACCCUGUGGUACCGCCCUCCCGAUGUGCUGCUCGGUUCCAUGCAGUACGGUCCGCCAGUGGACGUCUGGUCUGUCGGGUGCAUCUUCUCCGAAAUGGCCACGGGAACGCCGCUCUUCGCUGGCAAGAACGACGCCGACCAGCUCAUGCGCAUCUUCCGGUUCUUGGGCACGCCGAGCAAUCAGGUCUGGCCCUCGAUGAACCAGUACCCCAACUCGAACAACAUGCUCUCGCAGCCGGAGUUUUUGCAGAACUUCGAGCCGGAGUGGAGCAACGUGCUCGGCACCGUUCGCGGCUACGAGAAGCUCGGGCCUGCGGGUGUAGACUUGCUGGAGAAGCUGCUGCGCUACGAGCCGUCGGAGCGCAUCACCGCCGCAGAUGCGCUGAACCACCCGUACUUCAAUCUUCAGUUUUAAGACAAGCAGCGUUGAGGAGAACGAAAGAGAAAAAAGUACAUAUAUAUAUAUAUAUAUAUAUGUGCUCGAGUGCGGAAUGGAGGAGGAGCGGAAAGAGUCCUAGGUGCCAGAGGCGAGGAUUCUGGCCCUCUUCUUCUCCUUCACAGCAUGUAUUCUGGUGUCGGGUGUUCUCUUUUUAUGAGGCGUAGUGCCGAGGAAGAAGAGGAGGAGGCUCCUAUCAACGCAAGAAGAGGUGGUGAAGAACGGGAAAGAUAAAUGUUUUUUUUUUUUCUUUUCUUCUACUAUAUAUGUUUAAUUUGCUGAAGGGGAUACUCACGUAUAUGAAGUGAUAAAGGUGCGAAUGCUGCUCUAUUCGGUUUCUUUCAUCAGCAUUAUUAUUAUUAUUGUGUUGCUGGUGGGGUCGGUCUCAGUGGAGGGAUGUCGUUGUCCGUUUUGCCGUUUGUUUCUCUCUCCUCCCCCCCCUUCCCCUUUCUGGUUUCUUUUGAAUGCACGUAGCGCCACUCCUCUCACUUCCGGAACAUCCGCAAGGUGUCUCUUCAUUUUUUGUUUCUUUCUCUUUUCCCUUCCUUAGUUUCUCGCUCUACGCUCAUUUGCGCUGCUUUGAGUCUUUCUUUUUUCUCGUCUCACUUCGUUGUAGAUUGCGUUCAAACAACGACUUUGUGUGUCUGUGGUGGGUGGUGGUGAUGGUGGUUGUCGUGGUGGGGGUGUUUCUGGAUGUAAUGCCACAGCGGAUUUGCUUGCGGGGUCUACACCGUGUGUCCUCCACCUUUCUUUCUUUUCAUUUUCUUCUUCUUUUGAACUUCUUUUCGUUCUUCUCUUUCCCUGUUUGCACCGCACACCUCCGCGCUUUCCACCCUUUCUUCCUUUCCUUGUCUUGCUUGGCGUCUCUCUGCGUUGGUUGGGCUUGUGGGUGAGCCGGUGCAGUUUGUUGUGUGUGUGUGUGUGUGUGUGCCCUUUCAUAAGGGGUGAAAUCAGUGUCUGUGCGGAUGGAAGACGACGGCGAUGCGGUGAGUGGACCUCCGCGGCGACUCAGCGUCUAGAUAUACUUAGUUAUUAUUUUUGUUUUCUCUCUCUCUUGUGGUUCUAACCAUCUUUGUGUCGUUCCUUUGACCUCAAAAUCCCCAAAAGCAGGAAAGACGUGCCCUAUCUGCAACACGCACGCAUAC